CAGAAACUAACUGGAAUUGGAGAAAAAUAUGUCCACAUUUCAAAUUUGUUAAAAAAUUAAAUAAUUAAAUUGCAGUGAGCUCCGGCGAUUCACCGUUAUCCGGCGAACUUGUGAAAAUCCGGUUCAUUUAUCGAACCGCAUCGCCCGCCGUUUACGAAGCGCCAGCUUCACACGAGUAAGCAUUUUGGUGGAGAAUUCAUCUUUCGCAGCGUUUAAUGACCAGAGCUGAAUUGUUCUUUAGUAAAAGGAUAAUGUAUUGGGAGAUUUAAUUGCCAAAGAUACAUUUCCAUAGAAUGGCACCAUGGAAGGUCUAAGUGGAAGGGGUUGCUUUCAAAUUGAUGGCGAUAUUGAUAUCCCUGAAGAUGACGGAUUGAUAAUCAUUGCAGAAGAUAGAGAAUCCCCUGACAAUUGGCCAGACGUAGUGGAUAUACAUUCCUACCACACUUUAGAUCGUAACUUUGUUCUUGCUGGUGAACAGGUCCGAUUAUUAAUAUGUUUGUCUCCAAAUAAGCGUGGUUCAGACACUUUUAGGCCUUCAGAGAAUGUGGUUGGACAAAGGUCCUCAAGAGAAAAUGAAAAGUUUGUAGGAGGUACGAAUUCAGUUUCGCAUUCACAGUAUGCAAGCACUGAGAAGCCGAAAGAUAAAAAUGGUGAAGCUAGAGAGAAUCCUCAUUCACAAAAGAAUGCCUCAACUGGUGAAUCCAUGCCUGAAAAUGAUGAUCAGAGGAAACACACUGAUCAGUUGUUACAAAGAUUUAAAGAUUCUCAUUUUUUUGCUCGAAUUGCGGAGUCAAAUGAACCUCUUUGGUCUGAAAGGAGUGCACAAGAAGCAUGUUUCAAGUUAAUGGAGACUUGUAAAGAAAAGUUGAUAGGAGAUUCUUCAGAUACUGCACAGACUCUGAAGGACAAGAAUCCUACUACGAGUGUUGUGAUUGACAGAGGAGAAUUGCAUUCCCCCACAUCUGGGGGAGUUGCCCGGGGUGCUGCCAAGUGUUGCUCCCUUCCAAAUGGAGAGAUAGUGGUGAUUUUACAGGUAAAGGUUGGGGUUGAGUUUAUGUCGGAUCCGGUCAUCGAAAUACUUCAGCUCGACAAAUAUCAUGAAAGAAAAUCAUUUUUUGAGACUCAGCAAGUUCAACCUUCUUUUAAUAAAGAUCCUUAUAAAGAAUUGCUAAAUUGGUUGCUUCCUGUGAAUAAUGCUCGUCGAUCUUCUGCUCGUCCUUUAUCUCCCGAGUCGAAUUCCAGUCCCUGCCCAAGCAUGCGGAACUCAACCUCAAAACGCUCAGUGUCUGUAUCUUCUGCCUCAGAGCUUUUUUCUUUUGGUCAUGCUAGGAGUUAUUCUAUGUCCUCACUUCAGCUGAAUAAGGGACUACCAGAAGCUGUGACGAAAACCAGUGCUAGAUCAAGCUCUGUCCAAGAAGAUCAGUAUCAGUAUUCAUUUAGGAGUUUUAAUGAUAUUGAGAAUAGUGGACAUGAAAAGCUACUAUCUUUCCGUGGUGUGCCAUUAGUGCCCGAAAGAUUUUCCAUUCAGUGUGGUCUGGAAGGGCUUUUUACUCCUGGAAGAAGGUGGAGGAGGAAAUUUGACUUGAUACAGCCGCUGGAAAUUCAUUCCUUUUGUGUUGAUUGUAACACAAAUGAUCUUCUUUGUGUUAAUGUAAAGAAUGUUUCUCCUGCAUAUGCCCCAGAUGUAGUGGUGUUCAUAGAUUCGAUAAUGGUGGUUUUUGAUAAGGUCUCAAGUAGCGGACCACCAUUACCUUUACCGGUUACUUGCACUGAAUCUGGGAAUGACUACAGUUUACCGAAUUUAGCACUAAGGAGAGGUGAAGAGCACUCUUUUAUUCUCAAACCAGUAACAAUGUUAUGGAAGGAUCCAAAAGUUCAGACCCAUAGUAAUUUGAGACGGCGUCGCACAUCAACUCGAGCUGCUAAAUCGUGUCCGCUCCCCUUAUUCAAUACUGAGUGGAAAUAUAGCGAAGCACCUGCUGUUCAAUAUGCAGUUCUUGUAUCAUGUCGAUGCAACUAUACUGAUUCAAAGCUGUUCUUUCGGCAUCCAGUCAACUGGAAGCCUCAUUUUGCAAGAGAUCUCUUGAUCUCUGUUGCAUCUGAUACGUCGAGCCGAACAGUUGCAUCUCAUGGAACUCAUCUACCAGUUCAGGCUGUAUCUGUUCAAGCAUCGAAUAUGACGCUUGAUGAUCUGACAUUGACAAUCAUGACUCCAGCACCAGCACCAGCACCAUCAAAAUCACAUUUGAGUUCAUUUCCAAAUCAGGUUAAGGUCACAAAAGACAGACCACGAGCAGAUUCUAUUAGUAACCAACUUGCGCCCUUAUUUGAUGUGACUCCGAGCAGUGAUCUGAGCUGCACGCACUUGUGUAUGCAGACUAGAGUUCCACUAGGAUGCGUUCCUUCUCAAUCCACCGUGGCCGUCAAUCUUGAAUUACUCCCUAUGACAGAUGGAAUAAUAACUCUUGAUUGCCUACAAAUCGGUGUUAAGGAGAAAGGCUGUGCAUAUAAGCCAAAUCACGCGUUGAAGAUUGUUGCAGCUUCAUCCGCUCCUCUGUUAUAACGUAAGAUUAACUAAGUUUGUUUGUGCUGCUAUUGUGGUGCUGGUCUCUUAACUGCCGUUGUUGCACUCGCGAUCUCGACUCAAUGUACGAGCUGAUUUGAACUAACCGGCAUAAAUAAUUAGUACUAGCAAAACCCUUUUCUUCAGUCGAGUGGUUUAUACAGUAUCAAGCGACACUUGGUAUGAAUGUUUUAGAUCUAAGUCAGUGUGUGCUCUAAAAGUUCAGCAUUUCUUUCAAUAUUAACAUAGUCACAAUGUGUAAAUUUGAUGUAAUGCACAUGGAAUGGGAUGAUUUGCAAUAUUUCCUUAUAACUGGGGGAAUGCUUUGCAAUAUUUCAAUUAGAGGUCAAGAUGAUGAAGAGAUUUGUGA